AUGAACUCGAGCGUUUACAUUAUCCCAUUUUCUGUAGACUUUAGUCAUCCCGAGGACUACUUCAUUUUCAUGUUCCACAUUCUGUUUGCCACAAGUGUUGCGCUGUUGGCCGGCUCGGUUAUUAUCGGAAUAGUAGCCACCGGCUCUCUUCUGAGCCAAAACCGAUUCAUCUUCAUGUUAAACACCAGCAUUUCUGACACACUCACGGGACUCUCCGUGUACUAUCUAGGGCUCUUUGACGUGCAAGAAGGGUACCCAUCCAGGAACGGAACGUAUCACUUAUUGCCAUCCCUUCUUGGUGUUAACAUCAUGACGUUUAUGUUUGCACAGUUUGAUCGAUAUUGUGCCGUGUGCCAUCCCUUUUUCUACGGCAGAUUUAUCAGUAGAUCUUUUGUAACUGUGGUGUGUGUAUAUUGCUGGUUUCAUGUGUAUACUCAAAUACUGGUGCAGAAUGUUGUUCCAGUGUCGAAAGCUAUGCAAAUAUACACGUUCAGCAUAGUUUCUUUACAGAUUAUAGUGGUGACCAAAGUGGCAAUGACGAUCAAGUUGUAUAUUGUCGCUCAAUUUCAACUUGCGCGCGACCCACCGGGUGAGGAGAGAGAGAACAAAAAGGAGUCGUUGAAAAUAAUAAUUGUUGUUGUCAUCUGUUUUCUAAUUCUUUGGUGCCCCUCUUUCAUUAAUAUUAUCAUAAGAUCGACAACGCCAUUUGGGCUCUUAUCGAGAAACGAGGCCACAAAUCUGUUUGCUAUUAUGGCUCGUUUUAACGCACUGACGACACCUGCGCUGUAUGUGUGGGCCAGUCCCGCACUCCGCGCAGCCGUGUUGAGAGCUGUGUGGUGUAAGGUUUUGGCAAAGAGCACACUAAGAGUUGACUGCGCUCAGCCCGUGCCACACUUCACGAAGCCCUGAUUCCCGCGCUGAUGGUGGGGAAUAGACACUGUAGAAGCUUUCUCUUUGAACUCUGUGGAUAAGAAAUGCAAACAUGUUAUGAACUGUUUCCCCUCA